ACUCUGAAAAAACGAGACGCGCUUCCAAAGUCUCCCGUUUCACCGUGUCUGCCAUCUCAAUCCCUGCGUAUAAAUAAUCACCGGAUAGAUUGAUCGUGUAUCCAUCCAUCACCAAUCCAUCGCGGUCUCAAGCAAAUUCUGCACUCCGCGCGCUUGUAAUUUCCGACCGAGCGAAAUGGCGGCCUACGAGAAGCAGCAGCAGUCGCCGCUGAACGCCGGGUUCUACGGCCCGCCGAUCCCUCCGCCGCAGCCGGCGUACUACCCGCCGCCGUCCCGCCCGCACCGUGGCUGCGGCGGGCCGCGCUGCCUGCUGUGCUUCCUCUUCAAGGUCGUGGCGCUGGCCGUCAUCGUGCUCGGCGCGGCCACCCUGGUGCUCUGGCUCAUCUUCCGCCCGGACACCCCCAAGGCGUACGCCGACUCCGCCGCGCUCUCCCGCUUCGACCUCGGCGCCGGCGCCGGCAGCGGCGGCGGGGACCUCCUCCAGUACAACCUCACGGUGACCAUCCGCCUGAGGAACCCCAACCGGUUCUGGAUCCGGUACGAGUACGCCGAGGCGCAGGCGCUCUACGACGGCGAGCGGUUCGGCUUCAGCCCGCUGCAGCCGUUCUACGUGGGCAGCAAGAGCGACGCCCGGAUCACGGCCGCGUUCAGCGGCUCGGCGGCGGUGGACGGCGACGACGACGUGCGGCGCACGUACCGGAGGGAGAACGGGGAGGGGUUCUACUACAUCAAGGUGAGGGUGUACUCGGACCUGAGCUUCAAGGUCAGGGUCUUCCGCGUGCACGAUUACAAGAGCAAGAUCACCUGCGUGCUGCGGCUGCCGGUGCCCGCCGCCGGCGGCAACGCGAACGCCACGGCGAUGACGAUGCUGGGGACGAGGUGCGACGUCGACUUCUGAUCCUUGCCCAGUUGCCCGAUCGUCCAAACUCCAAAGGCGUGUGUCCUUAGACAGCUUAUCUUUGUUGGCCGGCCGGGGAGUCGGGGACAAUGCCGUUGACACUUGACAGUGUCUUUGUUUCACCUGCUGUUUGUAAAUGUCUUUUGGGCGCGUGAUCAUUCUUUUGUUUUUUUAUGCAUAAUAAACUUGAACUUUGUGUUCCGUAGUUAUCUUCACAGAUUAUUAAGGUUUGUAGUCUGUACAAGCUCCACGCUUUAGAGUUUACAUAAACCCUGCUAAAUCCAGCCAGUCACGCAUACAGUUUUCCUACGAAAGCUUAAAAACACAUCCCCUUAAGUUAACUGUGCCUGCUAGUAUACUGAGAUUGUAAUUAGUGAUUGAAGCAUUGGAGCAAAACCAUGUAUUUCUUUAGAAGUCCAAUCUGGACUUUGGCUCUUGAGAUUAUACUAUAUGGGUGGAGACAAAUCUA